GUAUACAGUAUAUAGAGAGGCGAGAAUACUGCCAACACAGCCGCUUCAUUUCCGACAACCAACCAUGAGGACUCUGAUCGUUGUACUGUUGGCCGCCUUCGUGGCAGCAGAGCAGAAGCGAGAAGCUGAGCCCUCAUAUGGCCUCACAAGCUAUGGCCGCGAUUAUGAAUACGAACACGGCAUGAGUUACGGGCAUAGGCACGGCUACGGCUAUGGCCCCGUAGUAUCUUACCACCCCUAUCGCAUCCAUUCCGUCAGCCAUAUCCUUCACAAGCGUGACGCUGAACCCUCUUACGGCCUUGGGUAUGGCUACGGACAUAGCGUUGGUUAUGGUCAUGGCUCUGGAUAUGGCAUGGGUUAUGGCUACGGACACAGUAUUAAUCAGUACCCCUACCAUGGCCACUCCUACGUCCACUCCCAUGGUAUUGGCAAGAGAGCUGCUGAACCCAGUAAUAUGUAUGGUUACUCUGGGUACGGGUACGGUCACCACCCUGGGUACGGCCACUCCUACCAACACAGAUCUGUACAUCCUUAUUUCGGCUACUAUUAAAACUGUUCUGUCAUGUUGCACUGAAAUAAAACUAAACUUUCA